GCGACAGAGAGUAGCGAAGGGUCCCGUGGUGAGCGCUGCAGAGCCGUGUAGUGUGUGUCAGGACUCAGGUUUCAUUCUGAGAGAGACUCAAGCGCGCAGCAGUGAGACAAACCCGUCAAAUGGCACGACCGAGGCGCACAGACUCCCACUAGAGCCGGAGCCCACUCAACCAUUAUCUCCAUGCACUUGAAUGAGCAGCAUGCCUCAGUUGAGGUCGUUUUGAAGAUUAAUAUUUUCACGUGAAAAGCGGUUUAAAUUGCCUGAAAGGAGAACUUUAAUUGGUUUAUUUGAGCACGAGCCCGUUCACUCGUAGAUAAACAUCAUAUAGCCUACACAAGUCUCACAGACAUGGAGGACAUGAAAAUGCGAGUGUCACCUCAGUCCAGUCUGGAGAGGACCUGCGUUCAGCAUCCCUGCCAAAAGCGCCUUUUGACGAACUGGAAGGACGCGUGUGCAAUCUGUGUGUGUUUGAUCUCGUUUGGAGUUUGUGUGUUGCUCUACCUGAGGACAUCAGAUCUGCAGUCCAGGGUGCUCAGUCUGGAAAAGGACAGAGACCCCCGUGUCUCCAGUUGGAUCUCUGUGGAACAGGUGGAGCCUGUCCUGUGGAGUCGACUGGAUCAGAUAUUAGAGGAGAAAUUAGCAGCACGUCUGCCGAAGAUCCGGGCGGCUCGGGAUGCACCUAACAGCUGCAUCUGUCCACCAGGUCCUCCUGGUCCACCUGGACGAGCAGGCUUUCCGGGAGACAAAGGAUCAAUGGGCAUUCCUGGAAGAAUGGGCUUAAAGGGAAACCUGGGGGAGAAGGGAGCGCCAGGAGAGCCAGGUCUGUCUAUCAUUGGCCCACGAGGACCUCCUGGACAACCCGGUACUAGAGGAUUUCCAGGCUUUCCGGGCCCCAUUGGCUUGGACGGGAAACCUGGACAGAAUGGUCCAAAAGGUGAUAUGGGUCCUCGUGGUCCUAAAGGAGUACCAGGUGAACCUGGUCCAAAAGGAGAGAAGGGUGUAUGUGGCGACUACACUCACAGGAAACGCCGUAUUGUCAACGCCUGUGCUGGAGGACAGGCCACACAGGGCGAGCCCGGAGCGCAAGGACCACCAGGGCCUCCUGGCCCCCCAGGGCCUCCUGGGACUCCUGGCCUAACUGGUGCUAGUGGACCCCCGGGUAAACCUGGAGAACCUGGAAAACCCGGAAAAGACCCAAGAAUGCUACCAGGACUGAAGGGUGAACCCGGUGUACCUGGACAAAAGGGUGAUCGCGGUGAAGCUGGUCCAAGUGGACCUGAAGGCCCCGAGGGAAUUAAAGGAGAUGAAGGAAUGAAGGGAGAAAAAGGCGAGCCUAGUGCUGCAGGAACUGGCAUCAAAGGAGAACCAGGUGCCCCGGGACAGCCCGGACAAGCUGGACCCAAGGGUGACAAAGGUGAUCAAGGCAUAAAGGGUGACCCUGGCCAGGAAGGCCCAUCUGGACCAAGGGGUCCACCAGGUCCAACCGGGGAGCCAGGAAAAUCUUUAAUCAACAACAAUGAAAAUGAUAUACGCAAUGUGCAUUUAAUGGGCCCUCCUGGUCUGCCUGGGCCUCCAGGGCUUCCUGGGACCCCCGGUUUGAAGGGUGAUGUUGGACUUCCAGGUCCCCCUGGUCUUGAUGGGGAAAAGGGUCCAAGAGGAAAGUCAGGAGAACAGGGACCCAUCGGCCCUCCUGGACCAGAGGGUCCACGGGGAGAAGGAGGACUCAUAGGCUUACCUGGGCCUAAAGGAGACAAGGGAGACAUGGGCCCCUCAGGAUCACCUGGUCAGAAAGGUGAACCUGGGGAGAAAGGAGAUAAAGCAGAACUGGUCUAUGGGCCUGCUGGACCUCCAGGACCCGCAGGGCCAGUUGGGCCAUUGGGACCUCCAGGUUUGUCAGGACCAAAGGGAGAGCCAGGAAUAGGCCUGAGAGGAGAGAAGGGAUCACCUGGACAGAAAGGAGAGAAAGGAGACAGGGGCCAUCUUGGUCUCCCUGGUCUGAUAGGACCAGCUGGAGUGCCUGGGCCUGCAGGACCAAAAGGAGAAAUGGGGGAAAAGGGUGAUAUGGGAGUAGCUGGACCAAUUGGGCCUCAAGGCAUCCCUGGUUUAGUAGGACCACCGGGAUUAAAAGGAAACCGGGGGGAGAGGGGCAAGAAAGGCAACAGGGGGGCCAAAGGGGAUAAGGGAGACCAAGGAGCCCCUGGAUUAGAUGCUCCGUGUCCGUUGGGCGAUGAUGGUUUGCCAGUACCAGGGUGUUGGAAUAAAGGUCAGAAUCCGUUCCAGCUCGCCAAGAAGUAACCCUGCCGUGAGAUCCAUGAGCUUCUGAUUCGAUUUCCUUCAUAAGCAACACAAAAACUUGAAUAGAUUUCGGGAGAUCUUCGAGUUUGGCCUGCUCUUUGGUGGUUGUUUGAAGGGUUUAGUGUCCUGUAUAAGCGUCCUGUAGUACUGAAGGGCUCCAGAGGGUGGCAGAUGUGAGACUGGACUACAGAAAAGAAGUAGCCUGUCGUUUCUCCAAGUUUUACACCUCUUUCUUUCUCUUUUAUAUUGUUCACUAUGUGAAAGAAACAUUUUAGCACAUUUCGUUCCUUGUUGAUGACGAUGUUAAAUAAUGUUUGUGAUCAGAGGAUCCAGCGCAGCUCAUUGAACAUGCAGAUGUGGUCUUGUGUUUCCAGACAAACCAAAGAAAGACAAAAUCUUUGAUGAUUCCUGAUUCAAACUAUCACUGCCUUUUGUCGAGAGUUGCAGGUUGAAUGUAACCUCACACUCAUACUCACGUUUAUUAGUAGUAUUUAACAUGGAUGUGCAUAACCGUCCUGCUUUGCAUUAUGCAUACAUGCAUUACAGUACAUUCAUACAAUAUAAUGUUGUGCUUGUACAUAGCAUAAUGUUAUAGUCCACCUUUAAAAAGUGAGAAUAGAAUAAGUUGUACAGCUGAAAAACAAAGUAAACAUGAAAUCACCGUAACUACUUCGAAACGCUCAAUGUACCAGCUAAAUGUUACUUCACAAAAACAGUUUUCAAAAAUUGCAACAUGGGCAUUUGAUGGUGUUGCAACAUUUCACUGCUGUAAACAUAGAUGUCAAUGCUGACUCCAUCUGUAUAUUUUGCCAACUCUUUGAAAUGCAAAUAACUGCUUGCAGUUUGUUUGGGUUAAUCUACUCGUACAGAAUGGCUGUACUUUUCAGAAUGUAUUGGGGCAGCUAAAGCAACCAAUUUAAACCAGCAGUGACACAUUGGGCGUUUAAUUUAUCAUUGGUUCAGCACACGUUUGAACUUCAGAUAAACUAUCUGUUUAUAUGAAGUGUUUUAUGCCUACAGCUGAGUAGAGUAAACCUGUUUUUUGACACGAAAGCUAAUUUUGGUUGUUAUUAUUACCAGAAUCACAGAAUAUACAGUACUGCUAUGGGAUGACAACACCACAUCAACCAUAACAGGGUUUGUGAAGGAAAAUAAUAUUUAAUUACUUUUAAAAUUGUAACCUGGAUUUAAAAAACAAACAAACAAACAAACAAACAAACAAACAAACAAAAAAAUGAUGUGGUGUCAUAUGUACCAGCAGCUAUGUUUUUUUUUAACCUAAUGCAAGCAUUCCUUAUAUUAUACUUUGACUGUUUCAGAAAAGAUUGGUUGUAUAUAAACCCACUGUAAAUGUAGAGUUUCAUUAAAUCUUCCAUCAUGUCAAUUUUAAUAGAUUAAGGUGUUAUCCAGAUUAUUUAAAUUAAAUGAGUUUGCGUUCAACUCAUUAAAGCCUCCUAUUCUCUCAUGAGUAUAGGCUGUUUUCACGGUAAUCUGAAUUAAAUACUAAAAAAUGAAAGAUAAUGUAUAUUUAUCUGAAACUUUGAUUAUUGUAUUAUAAAUGACUGAAAAUCUACUUUUAUUUGUUUUGAAGACUUAAAGUUGAAUGAUAUGUGUAAAAAAUUAGCAUUUCGUAGUGAUACACUCUUAAAAAUAAAGGUUCUUCAGUGGGUUAUUGGGGUGCAUUUUCACUGUUUAGAGGUCUUGACUAUAUGAUAUUCUGGAGAUUUAGAAACCUCUUGAUUGAUUUCUAGGAUCUGUAAAUCACAAAUCAUCAGUGCAUAAAUUGUUUUUUAAAGAAUUGGCAUUAGGCAGUAAGUCAUGCUGAUUUAUGGUGUCAGGCUGUAAAGCCCUUUAACUGUUACCUUUAUUUUUAAGUGUGUUGAGAUCUGUACAUUUACAGACAUGCAUUAUUUUAUGCCAGUAGGUACAGAAUAAUUAAUAUUUGCAACAAAUUUCAGAUUAUAAUAAUUUUUAGUUGUUAUAUUCUCAAAUUGGUUGCACGUAUCACUCAUUCUGGACCCACUCACAUAAUGCUAAAUUUACAAUGC